CAACUUUUAUUUACUUCCGGUUUACUGCUGGCCCUCUGAUCUAGGCCUAUUUAUUGUCAACAUAAUUGUCAUUUAAUGUUGUCAGUGUAUUUCAAUAGAAGAGGAAGUCGAUGACUAUGACGCUGGAAAGCUAGAAUCUAUGAAUUGUAGAAUCGUUCUGCUGAUGAAAAUAAUUUCAUACAACUCUGUUCCUCUUUGAAUUGACUUUUCAAUUGUAAAGAAAUCACAUUUAGUUUAGUGUGGUGAAGGUGUUGUCCAAAUUCAUCAAGUCCAAUAAGUCCAACCAAGUGACUCGGACUGAAAUUCCAUUUCUGGACUUUCUUUCUUCUGAGGAGGCUGUGCUCUGUAAUUUGAGUCAUUGGACAGGAGAUCUCAUAUGGAGGCAGGCCAAGACCUCCCCAUCACAGGUGUGUGCGUUGUGAGCGACCCGGGGAAAUGUCCACCACACUACACAGUGAUUGACAAAACUUAUGAUCGCCCUGAGGAUGCUGACCUCUGGAAAGAUGGCCUCUUCACUCGUCGGGUGAUGAGGUACUUGUGUGUGGAACGGCAAGUACCGACCCAGACCAAGGAUGUCUUAGUGGAUGCAACUUUGAUCAAUGAGAAAGACCCAAUUCCUCCUGGGUUUACCGUUGUGGAGUACACGCAUGACUCUCGAGAGAAGGCCACGAAGAAGAAGUGUUUGUGUCUGCGCUGGAUGAUCCCCACUAUGACCAGCGAUGCCAUCACCGAGCUCAUCCUUCUGUCCCGCACCCAGCGACGAGCUCCCAUUGGCUAUACCCUUGUUGGAGAGCUGAACAACAUGUGUCUGUGCUACAAGAUGGGCAAGGUGUCCUCCCCUGGCAGCAGCAACCAGAGCACACCGUCCACUGAAGUCCAGGGCUAUUCAGCUAUGCCGCAACAGUACAGCACUAUUCCAGUGGGGUCGGGUCUGCCGUACACGAUGAGUCCGGGGAGUCAAGGUCUCGGGCCGCUUGGGUCAUCUGCCACUAUGUCCCGCACAGGUCCACCGGAGCAGUCCUCGAGUAGCCUGGCCACUGGAAACGUCAACCCUCUCUCUGGCAUUGAGUGGAAGAUGAACCCUAAGUACAAUGUGCUGAUGGAGCUGCAGAAUGUGACCAUACCAGAAAUUAGAGGAAAGACGCUAAUGGACAUUGAAAAUCAGUAUGCAUAUGACUUCAGUGUGGAAAGGUCGGUUUCAAAGACAGCAGACCUUUCGUGAGAUGCCCGGGCAAUCUGCGAUAUUAUACUUCUUGGAAAAUCGAAAAUAAGUUGUUGGGUUACACUAAAAGUUGUGA